UACGAGGCUCUCUAAAAACGUCAGUUGAUCAACAGACACUGAAACAGCCGGUUUUGCCGGCAAUUAUCACAAGGCAUUUUAUUUAUUUAUAAAAACAUUGUAAAAAUAAUUAUCAGUAUUUUGUGAUUCAUUUAAAACAUCAACAAAGUAUGGAAAGUGCAAUUGUUGAUUUGGAGCAAAGUGUCGACCAAGCUAAUGGUAAACUUGCAACAAUUACCUGGAAAAUUAAAACCUUUGAAGAACAAUUUCCAGACCCUGAUAAUGAGGUAUCUGUUUUGAGACUUGUUCGUUCAGUUCAUCAGGUCAAAGAAGAAUAUCAAACAUUACGUCAAGAAAUUUUGGAAGUCCAGCAACUCCAAAAACAGUUGACUGUUUCACUCAAAGCACAAGUCUCUCAGGUACAGGGACACUUUAAUAUACUGCGUGAAAAAAUUGUUAGGAGUAAAAAAGUUGCACAACUAAAACAAGAUUAUUAAAAUCUCAAUUAUAAUUAACUUUUUUUUUUGUUUUUUUUACUCAAAUAAUUACUUUAUAUUUAUAAUUUAAUUUUAAAAAAGUAUUGAGUUGAUCAAUCAUGAUGAUAUUUUAAUUUUAUGAUAAUAAAAAUAAAAUUUUAAAAAUCAAUUUAUACUAGAAAAAAAAAAAAAAAUCAUCAACGGUAAUUUAUUAAAUUGUUAAACACAAUUAAAAUUAUAUUUUAGAAUUAAAUUAAAAUCUACAAAAUUGGUUGAGAAAUAACAUUCAAAGUGAAUAAUAAAAUUACAAUUAAGUUCAAGAAAAAAAAAAAGGAAAUUUACAAUCGUAGGCCGUAGCUGAAUGAAAAUGAAUAAAAAUAAAUUAUUGAAAAGUAAAAUAAAAUCACGAGCAAGAUAAAAAUGAAAUUUAAAAAAUAAAAUUGCCUUAAUGAACAAUGAUUAAAAAAAUUAAAACUAAAUUGUCAAGAGAAAAUUUUUUAUUCUUUGUUUUAAACAAAAUCUCACAUGUUUCUUCAAUUAAUUCAUAUUUAUUGUUAACAACUUAAUUGUUAAGUUUGUUAUUAAUUAUUCAUUUUUUAUUUCAAUAAAUAAGGACCAAAAUAAUCCUUUAGUUGAGGAAUUCUAGGAACCAAUAUCGAAUAUCAUUGUCUUAGUCGACAAACUAGAUAUUUAUUUAUUAGUAAUUACAACAAUUAUAUUUAUUAAAAUAAGUUAUAAGUAGACAAUAUUCUAUGUAUACACUCAUGAGAAGAAUGGUCUGGAACGCAUUCUAAUUUUGUGCCAAAGCACUUUUUUUUUUCUUUUUUUAUUUCCUUUUAAUGAAAAGAACUUUUUGUUUUUUUUUUCUUUUCUAUCUUUUCUAUAUACCCGUGAAUUUUACAUUCUCAUUUUGUG